AUGGCCGAGAGCCAGAAUCCUGAGCUGCAGGCGCAGCUUGCGGAGCUCGAUCGCGAGCUAGAGCGCGCCCACGACGAGCAGGAGGGAGACAUUACUCAGAAGGGCUACGACAAGCGCCGUACCCUCUUACUUUCCCAGUACCUUGGCCAGGGUCCCACCGAUGGCAAUGCUGCCCGCACAUUCUCGAUCCAAUCGGGCGCCCCGAGCCUGGACCAGGGCCGCACCUUUUCCAUGUAUAGCGACAAUCGUGCAAGUUCCUUUGCCGCCUACAAUCCUCCCAGCAUCAGCCUGCCGCCCCAGCAGGAUGCCCCGCGCGCCCAGUCGCCCUACAACCCAAACGGCGGAUACUUUCCUGCCCAAGACCCAAACCAAAUUCCGCCACCCACGCCCGUGGGCCGGUUUCAGGAAAGGGAGCUAGGCAUGCGCAACUCGGUGGUGCAACGUCAGUCUUCGUACAGCAGUGACUCCUUUAUCCCUAGACCGCAGACUCCGGAAAUGUAUGGCAACCCCUCGCGAUCUAGCACCCUCAUGAACUCGGAUUUCGCCUUCAACCCUGCCGCACACCAGACAUACAAUGAGCAGUCGCCCGGCGGCACCAGUCGCCUGAGCACAAUGCUCGAUUCCCAACAAGGUUAUUUCUCGGACUUUGCCGGAGCCCAGAUGCAGGAUCCAUCCAGGGACAGCUAUGGAGGUCCGAAUCGCUAUUCGUCUGGAGAUGCCUUCUCUCCAACCGCCGUCAUUCCGCCGCCAAUGCUAGGGGAACAUGAACUGCCUCCUCCAAGUGUAGUCGAGUGUCAAUUGCCGCUGGAGCCCCGCGAGGUACCCUUUGCCGUAUACGACCCACACAACGGGAAUGUUCCAAUGUCUAAAUUCGAUAAUAUUGGAGCGGUUCUGCGCCAUCGCGGCCGCACAAAUGCAAGACAGGCUGCUUUCUGGGUCCUUGAUUCCAAGGGCAAAGAAACCGCGUCGAUCACUUGGGAAAAGCUGUGCAGCAAGGCGGAGAAGGUUGCACAGGUCAUUCGCGACAAGAGUAAUCUGUAUAGGGGAGACCGCGUUGCGCUGGUCUACCGGGAUAGCGAGAUCAUUGAUUUCGCCAUUGCUCUUUUGGGCUGUUUCAUUGCUGGCGUCGUGGCCGUUCCAAUGAACAGUGUCGACGACUACAACAGGCUCAGUUUACUUCUCACGACUACCCAGGCUCAUCUGGCGCUGACCACGGACAACAACCUGAAAGCCUUCCAGAGGGAUAUCAGCAACUCACGCCAGAAGUGGCCCACGGGUGUUGAGUGGUGGAAAACGAAUGAGUUUGGCAGUUAUCAUCCGAAGAAGAAAGAUGAGGUCCCUCCUUUACAGGUCCCGGAUCUGGCGUACAUCGAGUUUUCUCGUGCUCCUACUGGAGAUCUGCGCGGCGUUGUCCUCAGCCACCGCACCAUCAUGCACCAAAUGGCUUGCAUCAGCGCUAUCAUUGCUUCCAUCAACAAUAGCGAACAGAAGGAGAAGGCCGACACAUUCAAUCCCAAUCUCCGAGACAGAAACGGCAACUUCAUUGUUCCAAACCAACAGCCUAGGAGCACGGGUGGAGAAGUGAUUUUGAGCUACCUCGAUCCUCGUUCCGGUCCUGGAAUGAUUUUAGGCGUGCUUCACGCCGUAUAUGGAGGGCACACGACUGUUUGGAUGGAGCCAAAGACUGUCGAGACUCCUGGAUUGUACGCACACCUCAUUUCCAAGUACAGGACUACUAUUAUGGUUGCGGACUACCCCGGUCUGAAGCGGGCAGCAUACAAUUAUCAACAGGACCCCAUGGCCACCAGAAAUUUCAAAAAGAAUACCGAGCCCAACUUUUCCUCUGUCAAGAUAUGUCUCAUCGACACUCUGACCAUCGACUGCGAAUUCCAUGAAGUCCUAGCGGACAGAUGGCUGCGUCCCAUGCGGAAUCCAAGAGCGCGAGAGCUUGUAGCACCCAUACUUUGCUUGCCAGAGCACGGAGGCAUGAUUAUUUCAGUCAGAGAUUGGCUUGGUGGCGAAGAAAGAAUGGGGUGCCCUCUGAGCGUGGACCCUGAACCAGAAGAGGGCGAGGACGAAAAGGACAAGGCGCUCGAGGCGUCAGCUGCCAAUGGCUAUAGCAGCUUGAUUGGUGGUGGCGGUGCAACGUCGAAGAAGUCGAAUAAGCAGAAGAGCCGCACCGAGCUGAGCGAAGCUCUCCUUGACAAGGAAGCUCUCAAAACCAACGAGGUUAUUGUCCUUGCUAUGGGCGAAGAGGUGAAGAGGAGAUCCAAUGAGCCCGGCACAGUCCGAGUUGGAGCUUUCGGUUAUCCUAUCCCCGACGCAACGUUGGCGCUCGUUGAUCCCGAGACGAAUCUUCUGUGCUCCCCUUACCAGAUUGGCGAAAUCUGGGUGGACUCACCAUCUCUGUCAGGUGGGUUCUGGGCGCUGCCAAAGCAUACAGAAAGUAUUUUCCAUGCACGCCCCUACCGAUUCAUGGAAGGGAACCCCACCCCGGUUCUCGUUGAGCCUGAAUUUCUCCGCACCGGUCUGCUGGGCUGCAUCAUAGAAGGCAAGAUCUUUGUUCUGGGUCUGUACGAGGAUAGAAUCCGGCAGCGAGUCGAAUGGGUUGAGCACGGCGUGCAAGAAGCGGAGCAUCGCUAUUUCUUCGUGCAGCACCUUGUCGUGAGCAUCAUGAAGACCGUUCCGAAGAUUUAUGACUGCUCCGCUUUCGAUUCCCACGUUAACAGCGAAUAUCUUCCCAUUGUUUUGAUCGAAACUCAGGCUGCAUCUACAGCUCCGACCACAACUGGCGGUCCCCCACGUCAAUUGGAUAUUGCCUUCUUGGAUUCACUCUCUGAGCGCGUCAUGGACGUCCUUUACCAAGAGCAUCACCUCCGUGUCUAUUGCGUCAUGACAACCGCUCCGAACACACUGCCCAGGGUGGUCAAGAACGGACGAAGAGAAAUCGGCAACAUGCUCUGCCGGAAAGCUUUCGAUAGCGGGGAACUUCCCUGCGUCCAUGUCAAAUUCGGCGUUGAACGGGCUGUCCAGAAUCUCCCUGUCGGAGAUGAUCCUGCUGGCGGGAUCUGGUCUGCACUCUCAACCGCAGCUCGUCAGGACAUGCUCAUGAUGCAAGACAAGCAAUACUCUGGAGUCGACUAUCGCGAAGUCGUCAUUGAUGACCGCACAUCAACGCCGCUCAACCAAUUCAGCAACAUUCACGACCUUUUGCAAUGGCGUGUAUCAAGACAAGCAGAAGAACUGGCUUAUUGCACAAUAGACGGUAGAGGAAAAGAAGGCAAGGGCAUCAACUGGCGCAAGUUUGAUUUGAAGGUCGCAGCCGUUGCCAUCUACCUGAAAAACAAGGUCAAAGUCAUCCCCGGCGACCACCUAGUCCUUAUGUACACGCAUUCGGAGGACUUCGUGUAUGCGAUCCAUGCCUGUUUCGUACUUGGCUUGGUCGCAAUUCCCAUGCCAAUUUUGGACCAAAACCGUUUGGGAGAGGAUGCGCCCGCCUUACUGCACAUGGUUGCUGAUUACAAGAUCAAGGCGAUCAUUGUCAACAACGAAGUUGACCAUGUGCUCAAGCAAAAGGCCGUUUCACAGCACCUCAAACAGACGGCUACUGCGCUGAAGGUCAGCAUGCCUCAUACCUACAACACCUCGAAGCCAUCCAAGCAGUCACAGGGCUGCCGCGAACUCAAUUUGACAAUCCGGCCUGCAUGGGUCCAGCCCGGCUAUCCGGUUCUGAUCUGGACAUACUGGACGCCUGACCAACGGCGAGUUGCCGUGCAGCUGGGCCACGAUACUUUGAUGGCACUUUGCAAAGUUCAGAAGGAGACCUGCCAGAUGACGAGCACUCGACCUGUUCUUGGUUGCGUACGAAGUACAAUUGGUCUAGGUUUCAUUCACACUUGCCUCAUGGGCAUCUUUUUGGCUGCCCCGACGUACCUGGUUUCGCCAGUGGACUUCGCACAGAACCCCAACAUUCUUUUCCAGACUUUGUCGCGGUAUAAGAUCAAGGAUACAUAUGCGACUAGUCAAAUGUUGGAUUUUGCCAUGGGACACAAUGCUGGCAAGAGCGCUGCUUUGCACGAGCUCAAGAAUCUUAUGAUCUCAACUGACGGAAGGCCACGUGUGGAUGUUUACCAGAAAGUGCGGCUGCACUUCGCGGCUGCCGGUCUUGAGAGGACUGCCAUCAACACCAUUUAUUCACAUGUGUUGAACCCCAUGGUUGCCUCCCGGUCAUACAUGUGCAUUGAGCCAAUCGAAUUGUGGCUUGAUAUGAACGCUCUCCGUAGGGGUCUCAUUGUCCCUGUUGAUCCUGAUACCGAGCCAUUCAGUCUGCUUGUCCAAGACUCAGGCAUGGUUCCUGUUAGCACGCAGAUUUCUAUUGUUAACCCAGAAACCAAUCGUCUUUGCCUCAAUGGAGAGUAUGGCGAAAUUUGGGUGCAGUCAGAAGCGAAUGCCCACAGCUUCUACGGCUCGAAGGACCUCUUCGAUGUCGAGAGGUUCAACGGCCGGACCGUUGAUGGCGACCCGAAUGUCAGGUACAUGCGUACUGGAGAUCUCGGUUUCUUGCACAAUGUCGCCAGGCCCAUUGGCCCCGGAGGCACCAUGGUAGACAUGCAGUGUCUGUUUGUACUGGGAAGCAUUGGCGAGACCUUCGAGGUCAACGGAUUGAGCCAUUUCCCGAUGGAUAUUGAAUACUCGGUGGAACGGUGCCACCGCAACAUCGUUCCAGGAGGCUGCGCCGUGUUCCAAGCAGGCGGGAUGAUCGUCAUUCUUGUGGAGAUCUUCCGCAAGAACUUCCUUGCAUCGAUGGUGCCCGUCAUCGUGAACGCCGUGCUGAAUGAGCACCAUAUCGUCACGGACAUUGUUGCGUUUGUUUCCAAGGGAGACUUCCCGCGCUCCCGACUGGGCGAAAAGCAGCGUGGUAAAAUCCUGGCGACCUGGGUGACACGCAAGAUGCGCACCAUUGCGCAAUUCAGCAUCCGCGACCCCGAUGGCGCGGACAGCCAGCUCACCGAAGUGGCUGAAGAAAACACGGGCGCUGCGCGUCAUAUGAGCAUGAUGCAACAACAGCCACAGGGCAGCAGGAACGGCAGCAUCAAGCGACCCAGCAGUCUUCGCAAGGUCACCUCUGCCUCGGCUUUGCCUGACCCUAGUCUGCCUUCCCCGCUGCAAAUUCACCAGCAACAACAAGCAGGCUUUGAGCUUCAACCAGGCAUCCAAGAGAUCCCUACCCCAGGUGAGGGUGAUGACGCACGCACUCCGACGGCAGAGCACCAUCGGCAGGCGUAUCCGCACCUGCAGCCUCCUGAUAUGGCUGGCCCCGGCAGCGGCAUGAUGGACUACUCUCCAGUCGACAUGGCGGGCGUCUUCGACAACGGCAGCUAUACCAACAGCGGUCAAAACUCGAUCCAGCAGAGCCGGAGACCGAGCAUGAUUGACAUGCCUCCCGGCCAGAUGCAGCAGCAGCAGCAAUGGCACGGGCAGGCGUACGACCCUGCUUGGCAGCAACAGCAGCAUUUCCAGCAACAGCAGCAGGGGUACAUGCAAAACGAAGAAGGAAAUGAGCAGGCGCCGCAGCCGAGUUAUGCGAGCAAGCCGUUUCUGAGUUUGCCGGCUGACAUCGAGGGCGACAGUGGCAGGAUCGGCGGAGCGGGUGGUGGGUUGAGGGUGGCGAACAGGAGCAGCGUUGAGAGCGACGAGUGGCCGCAGGAGGCGUUGAUGCACAUGAACCUUAACCGUUGA